AUGCCUGGACGGAGACGCCGCGCCGCUGCCUUAGCCGAUGACAUAGAAGAGGCGGAUGCCACGCAGAGAGAUGACGAGGAAGACGUAGAAAUGGACGGCGAAGGCGAGGAGGAUGAACCACCUCGACGAGGAAAGAAGGUCGCGCGUUCUCGUAAGACUUUGGACAUGGACGACUUCGACCCGGACAACUUCCAUGAUCAGCCCAUUGCCGCUGAAGAAGCUGUAAAACUGCAGCAUAUGGCGCAGGAUUGGGGACAGAUGAUUUCUCACGUCGAGGCAACCGCCUUUACUCUACUUGAUGAAGUCGCUGCUGCUGUCGCAGAGACAGCAGAUGAAGGAGACUCGAAGGAGCUUUCCAGUCUUGACAAGUUAAUGAAAGAGCUCAUCGACGUUCACCAAGACUUGACUCAACAGCAGGAAACGCUUAAAGAGCUGCAUCAACAGGUGGCUCGUGACGAGGAAGACAUCACUGAUCUUGUUGGCCUGCACGAGCAAGCGGCCAGUGCCAAAGCAGAGGAGUGGGAAAAGAAGACCACGCGGCAGAAGUAUGUGAAAAGUAAGGCGUAUUUCAACUUCCGUCAAGCUUCAUACGAGGUCCUCCAUCCUGAUGUCGGUAUGCCGCCACUGGCCGAGCUCAUUCCAGCCGAGCCAGGAGACGCCGAUGAUGACGAUGACGAUGAAGAUAUUCAAGUCGGCGGUGUGGUACAAGACCUCAAGUGUCCAAUCUCGCUAACGCUCAUGGUCGAACCAUACACUUCUAAGGUCUGCCAACAUUCAUACUCGAAGGCCGCUAUCUGGGACUACCUUGGUCAGAACGAGAGCGUGUUGUCGAAGAAACCUUGUCCUUCUUGCAACAAGAUGAUCUGCAAGAACGAUCUGUUCCUCAAUAAGGACCUCGAAGCAAAGAUCAAACGACAACGCCGCAGGCAACAGCGCGACGAAGAUAGCGACGAGGGAGAGGAGAUCAUUGAGUAG